AUGCAAAAGCAGAGGUUGUACAAGAUGUGGCAAAAAACACCACACGUCAACAUGUUUCAAAACCGUUCGAACGUAGAAUGUGCAACACCUCAAAAACCAAUGAAUGUUAGGAAAGACAGCCAAAAGAAAACAACACAGAUACAGCAUAAUCUUGCAAUAUGCGAAGAAGAAGAUGCAGGAAACGUAAAUGCGAACCUAACGGUGAUGAAAGUUGAAAACACCACAAAAAACAAGCCUGAUAAUUCAUUCCUACUCACAGGAAAUCUAAAUACAGUGCAUCCAGGCACACAACAACCGAUGAAAUUACACGUACUUCUAGAUACUGGUGCAGAUCGCUCCUUUAUUGAUGUGGAUCUUGCAGAAGAACUUCAGUUACCCAAACAUAAUGUGGUUGCAAUGAAAUUAUGUACAUUUGGGGAAAAACAACCUAAAGAAAUACGAUGCAUCGAAACAGAUAUAAAAGUUUGGGACUCCACAGGAUUGGAACACAAUCUGCGCGUCUAUACGCACGAAAACUUCUCAAAGAACUAUCGCACAAGACGUCUUGGCGAAGAAGACCUCCAAUAUAUCAGCGACAACAAUCUGGUUCUGAGUGCUCCGAAUGGAACGAACAUUAAACCUCCACAAAUACUCAUCGGAUGCGACCAUCUAUGGGAAUUCAUAGAGUUCGAGAAGCAGAGCUUCAUUCUACCAUCCGGUCUCAUCCUAGUACCAACCCGGCUGGGAUACAUGGUUUCUGGGAAACAGAUUUCACAUAAAGGUCGAAAGCACGCAAUUGACUCUUCAUUUCAGAUGAUCGAAUCGUGGCAACAGAAUUAA